AUGGGUGUGUAAUUUAGCUUUUUUGCAUUCUUAUGAUUGAUUCUCUUUACUGAAUGAUUGAGGUAGUCAGCAGGCUCAUCAUUGCUUGUUUGCGGAUUCUAUUUUUCCUUGUGCACGAUGAUCAUGACUACUUCCAACUGCAAUUGUAUAAGAUCAGCUGGUCUAGUUAGACCGUCAGAUUUCAAAUGUGACGAUUUUCGCAGCCUUCCAUAACCCAGUUUUUUAAAAACCCAAUGUUUACCAUUCACCAAGUCCCCUGUCGUUAAAAUAACCCUAACAUUUAACUUUUGUUGAUUUUCGUAAUUUUACUGGAAACUUAAGAUACAAAAUCAUGUCAGAUCGUCCAUGUCUGUACCGGGAGUCGGGGAGGACGAGGAUAGGCACGACCACCCUGGUUCUUGAGGUAAGCGGAAACGCAACGUUGGAGCAAAGUGAACAUGUAGUCAACCAGCAGCUUCAAAAAUCACAUGUUGUUUUCUAUACCCGUCAAGCUGCCUAGCUGUACGUCCCAUGAAGUCGGUCGAUUUUGUCGCGUUGGAUGACUUUGUGGAGUCAGUCGACUACACACCUGUUAUAACCUUGGGUAUAGCGGCCGACGACGUAGAGGUUGGCCCACACGCCGAUAUUAGGCACCUGCUGUCAAUUCUUCGUCCGUAAGAAUACUGAGCAGGUUUGGUGAGUUACACGUUGAACACACAUGCCGAGACCAUAAAAAGAAGUGUAAACAUAAGAAGACGUUAAUUGUGUAUACGAGUAAUAAAGAUACAAGGUAAUACAGGGAAGGGUUGUACAUCCAAUACGGUCUCCUCUGGAGUGGGGAGUGUUUUGUUGUGUCAGUUAGACCAUCGGUGGGGAGUGCAGCGCUGGAGGCAGCUGUGGGGGAAGGACGUGGGGAUGCUGACAUUUAGUAAGAGAGAAUAUAAACCGAACAAAACCGACGAUAACCGCAGUGACGUGGGUCAGCGACUGAGAAUGUAAGGGGACACCGGCGUCUUCACUGACACUCCAUCGCGUCAUACCCAUCCUUGGUCCCGCCUCUGUGCCCCACACUUCACUCGAACAACUUGUUCAGUCUGUGAUAUGUUACACUUGCAUGCUCUGAUAGCAUUCUACUUGCCCAGGACUAACCCGGUCGCGGGCUAGUGUUACGAUUAACUGGAUUUUUUCAUCGAUCUUAACAGACACCGCCCACACCGGACAGUAAGUUGACGCACCUCGGGCAAGUUGAGGGCGUUGUCGUUCGAGGCGAUUUAAGUCGCCAGACGGACGCCUAAAAUUCCAGGCAAAGUGCGUGCGUACGCGCAAGGAGACCCCGCAGGCGUGACGUGCAAAAUGCACUCGAGUGAGCAUCGAAGAGGGGGUUUGAUAUGAAAGCUCCUUUCCUCGCACAGAUCAAGCACCGCCAGCCAGUUAGGUUACCAGCCCUGCACUAAUCCUCAAAUCAAAUGGGCUAGCAAAUGUCUAGCCCAAGGCGAAUAAAUGCCAUCAGGGCAAUUUCGAUUCACAAGGGCUUUCGUUUCCUUUCCUUCGAAAUUUAAAUACGGUGCUAUUUUGUCAUCAAAAAUAGCGUUAAAUACUCGUUCUAUACAGUCAAGUUUCGACCGUAGAGGCAUAAAGGAAAGGUUGAUAUCUUUGGCGCACACAAUUUCCAGUCUACCAGUUUACUGCCGAAGUCCAUGUUCGGUGGCCAUGCUUGAUCUUCCUAAAGUCCGUUUUGUCCCGUAUUGGCUUACUGGCCUGGUUUGGUAAACUGUUCAACGAAAGGCACCCCAGACAUCGCUCAUCCAUUCUAAACAACUCCAGGAUGCGUGAUCGCGCAAAUACUUUCUUGCGACCUUUUGUAAACCGAUGAGGAAACAACUUCGAACAAAUAAUCCGACCAGAUGUUGGGGACCCGCCUUCAUCUAAAAUCCCAACAAACCUCAUGAAAUAUGUCCGGUCACAGUAUUACGUCCCAUGCUGCGACGUCCGCAGGAAUGGACGCGCUCCGCAACCCUGGUCCAGUGGUGCGGGCGAAUAAUAUGCGAGCUGGAAUACUCAAUCAGGAACAAACUCUUGGUAUUGGAUACUGGAAUGUGCGAAAUUUCCUGGACCCAGUUACCCAAAGAUUGACCGUCCACAGCCUCUAUCAAUACAAUGGGGUUGUCUGCUGCCUGUCUGAGGUCCGAUCUCCUGACUCAGGCUCUCGGGAAAUUACGAUCCCGGGAAUCGACUCACACUUAAGCCUGUACUACAACGGCCCACGCGACUCUCAUGGUAGAUUCAGUGAGGCGAUCCCCCACUCAACAAGCGAACCAUGCUUUACUUGCCUGGAAACCAGUCAAUGACCGGAUGGCCUACGUGCGACUGAAGGGUCAAUUCACGAACAUUUCUAUCGUUUCUGUGUGCACACCAACUUCAGCUACCGAACAGCGCGAUAAAGAGGCGUCAUACUCGCAGUUGGAACCGUUAGUUGAAAGACUCCCUGGUCGCGAUCUGAUGAUUGUUACCGGGACUGGAAUGGCCGAACUGGGCCUGUCGACCCUACAAAGAGUCAUCUUAUUGGCCGCUUUGGACUUGGUUCUCGAUGUAAGAAUGGCGAAAGAUUGCUGAUCAGAACCGCCUGUUUUUCGCCAACGCGUGCCGCCAGCAUCGCAACAACAUCUGGUGACCUGUUAUUCAGACGACGGUCAUACGGCCAGUCAGAUUGAGUGCAUUUUAGGCAGAAUGGCAUUACCGACAAAGACAAGGGAGACUGAGGAGACAGUCUCCCCAAUGUUCGGAGCCUGUUCUAUGAAGGAUGUUAUUUCAGCCUAAUGCUUUUUUCCGGUCAGUGCGUGACUCAAGGACUUGGCCGAACCAAGCCGGAUUUCGUGCCGGACAUGGAUGUUCGGACUAGGUAUCCACACUGAGGCGUAUUCUCGGAUUCCGCCACAGCUACCAGCAACCGACGGCCGUCUGCUUCAUUGACUUUGCCGCCGCGUUCGAUUCCGUUCCCCGUGAGUCCCUGUAUCGGAUAAUGACGCUAGAUGAUGUACCGGCAAAAAUCAUCGCCAUGGUCAAGGCCUAUUAUCGCUCCGCUACUGCGAGAGUCCUGGUCCGCAACAAUCUUUCCCAACCGUUCGGUAUUCGGUCUGGCGUUCGACAGGGUUGUAUCCUGUCACCCAUUCUGUUCAACUAUGCCAUUGACUGGAUCCUCGGGAGGGCCCUACGCGAGAGUGACGGCUUUGAGUUUGCACCCGGACACCGACCGACUGAUCUCGACUAUGCCGAUGAUAUCGCCUUACUUGCUUCAAGUUUUUGGUGAUCUGCAGUCUAUGGUGUCACGGGUGAACGAGGUUGCUAAAUCGGUCGGUUUAUCCAAAAACAUCGGGAAGAACAAAGUGUUUUCAAGCUGCAUCCCUGACUAGGAGAAGGCACCUCUCGAGAUUGAUGGCUGUCAACUUGAAGAAGUAAACAGUUUUAAAUACCUCGGGGCGAGGCUACUGCCUAAUGGACAGAGUAAGGACGACAUUGUCUUCCGAAUCGAUGCUGCCCGCUGGGUUUUCUCAAGCCUUCGGAAAGGCCUAUGGAUUCGACACGACAUCUCCAUCGCCACUAAAAUUCGCGUGUACCGUGCAUCUGUCCGGUCUUUCCGUCUCAAUGGUUGUGAAUGCUGGGCUUUGUGCGUGGAGGACGAGCGAAAACUGGAGGUAUUUGACCAUCAUUGCUUGAGGACAAUCAAUCGAGUGAAGUUCACCGACUUCGUCUCAAAUGAGACCGUCCGCGCUCGCUGCGACAACAUCGCAAGGAUGACCCAGGCCAUCCAAGAAAGACGACUGAGGUGGUUCAGGCAUGUUCUUCGUCGUCCACGUCAGGAGCUCAGUGUUACUGCCCUCGAUCCGGCACCGUUGGCCCAUUGGAGGCGUCGAAGAGGGGAUCAGUUCAAAGCCUGGCUCGACACAGUUCGUCAAGACAUGGAGGUGGUUCUUGGACCUUCGGUAUUCAGUCUACGUCGUUGGUGAAGGAAAUGGUUUGAACUGUCCAGAUCUGCUGCCGCGGAUCGUCACGCGUGCAGAGGUACAGUUCGGGACAUCAUCGAGGCUGGCUAGAUUAGUCACGAUCGCAGCCGUACCAAGUAUGAGUCAGUAAGUAAAUAACCGUAGCAGUCGACGGUUGACUGUUUGGAAAUUUGGCCGAGCGAUUUUGCUGGAUGCAGAUUGGGUUGUCACAGCCCUUGAACCUCAAAAUCAACUUUCGGAUGCAGGAGCUACGGGUAAUUCACCGCCACACCUCACUACGUUGAAGUGACUGGUAUUGCUGUCCUUUUAAACGCACAUUUCCCACAUUCGGUCACUGACUGCUCUUGCCGUUGCCGUACUGUUCUCCUUCAUACAAGCUACCGCCCCUCCUGUGGCUCUUGUAGAAAGUUAUUUUCUUUUCUUCGCUACCUAUAACCUAUAGGCGCGGGUGAUGACAUCCCAUGGCCAGACUCUGUCAGAUCGUACAUUGUCCCAAGUGCUCCGACAACCUUCAUUUAUAUGCCGGACUUUAUUGAUGCUGACACGGAAGCUGACCUCCUACGCAACAUCUACUCUGUUCCUGAACGUCGUUGGCAAUGCCUUGGCAAUAGACGACUGCAGAUUUGGGGUGGAACGCCGCACGUAAAAGGCAUGAUUGCCGAGGAAAUUCCCGAGGUACUUCUCCCGUUGCCAGAAACCACUUUAUUACCCUCACUUCACCCCCUUCCCUAGUGGCUGCACUCAUUAAUGGACCGGGUAUCUGACUUGGGCGUCUUUGGACCCUAUCGAGCCAAUCACGUUCUCAUCAAUGAAUACAAACCUGGCCAGGGCAUAAUGGUAUAUCGUCGUCUUCAGUUUUCUGAUCUUACUAGGAUUGAUUUAGCCACACCAUGACGGCUCCUUGUACUACCCCGUCGUCACGACAGUUAAUCUUGGUGGUCACAGCGUCCUAGACUUCUAUAAUCCAAUCGAAGAAGAACAGGUGGGUGAAUCGAACUUUUGCUUUUCUUUUGCAUACCUUUGUAUCCUUAAUGUCCCACUAAGGAGGAAUAUUCCACCGGGUCUGAUUAAGUGCUCUGCAGACUUCAGUAGUAAUGUCGUUGGCGCGUCUUCAAGUGGCAACAGGUCACUGAUCGUGUUUAGGCAACAGACGGGUGGCAAACACCGAUUGCUUUAAGCGUUUAAACUAUCGUUGGCGCAUCUCGUCGUUGGCAUAAUACAUUUUGUAUAUGUGGAAAUCAAAUUUAGACUGCUUCUCUUGGCAUUCAAAUAGGGUCUGGGAGUCUAACUAUUCUAACCACAGUUAACUGUAGAAGGGGCAUUUUGGAUAGUCGUCUUAAGUGAAAUCGAGUGAUCAGGCUGAAUCAUUAGUAUUUUUUAUUUUUAUUUAACGUCUUUCUGUGCACUUCAUUAAUAGUCUUUUAGGGAUGGUCUGCCGUGCUGCUCGCGUAACGUGCCCGUUGCCUGUUUAUUAGUCUUAUCAACUCCCCUAAAACGGCCGGCGCGUGUGUUGCACGCGUAGACGCGGACUCCGCUACCACGUCGACCACGACGAUCGAUGCCAUCUCAGAUCGGCCUGACAUGUACUUGCCUCUGACUAUGGCACGAAGGAAAAAAUAUUGAAUUCGGCUCUGCGCCUAGUUUUCUUUCGCUAUCCGUCGUGGCGUGAAAAGUUGCCAACUGAACACCGUGAGUCAGGGCGGAGGAUAAGGUUGCCUUACUCCUUACUGCGUCCUAUACUUAUCUUCAGUCGGCUCGACUGGUUCAUUACGGGCAAACCACGAUCACACUCCCCCUGAACAAAAUGGCGUUCGUUGUCGGCAGUUGACCAGCUGCGCCAGCUUUGCUAAUUUCGCCGUAAUUAGCCCUUAGUGUUGUUUUUUGGUUUGAGCUUGUCCCCUGGACCCCAGUUUUGCGGAAAAUUGAAGCUAAUUUGUUUUUUCUAAAGGACUAUCGGAUUCAAGUUCCCAUUUGUAUUUGCGGACGACGACGACAGCGUCCACCGAGUUUCCCACAGAAUUGGCCCAGGACGGGAAUUUGCGCAACAUCUACCACAUUUCCUUGUUUAAUUUCCGAGGAAAUUAAUUUGCGAACUUGGAGUAAAUCUUUCGGGACAGACCUUUUCAGGCACGACCCGAAAUUUCAUAUGAAUAUUUAGGCUGAAAUUCAUCAGCUGCUGCGGAAUAACUGCGUAAUAUUCACAAACCGCCAACAGGCAGCCAGUAGUAUAGAAUUAUGUAAUUAUUUACCGUAUUGGCAAGAAAUCAAGAUGAAACUGAAGUUCAUAUACCAGAAAACACGCGGGUAAGGCUGGGGGACCCACUGAUGACCCGGAGCCCUCGCAGCUGCGUCAGGCAGCGGCAUAAGAUCGGCGAAUCACGCGUAUCUGGGUUUUUAGCUUCUACCUGUGUUGUCAGUACGGUAAAUAAUUGCACAAUCUACCACAUUCUCUCCCUCCCCAUCUCCGAUGACAAAACGAUCAGGGAUGGGCGACGGCGCAGUAACUAACAGAGUUAAACGGUCCGUCUACGCCUGCCGUAAAGGCCACAUUAUGAGGGAGCCAGUGCGGCCUAACCCUCAGUCCUAAAAAGAACCGAGUUAUUCCGUCAGUUGGCAGCCUUCCGAGCCGCGUCUACCAAAUACGUUGUAACAAUGGAGACUGCAACUACGUUGGGGAAACCGGACAGAAACUGUAGACCCGCUUACAUGAGCACAAAUUGGCAACUCGGAGACUAGACCCAAACUCACAGCUUGCGAUUCGCGUCGGAGAAACUGGCCGCAGUUUUGAUUUUCAAGGAGCAACCUUCUUAUGCCAGGGUAUCUCAAGGACAAAAAUUCUCACACUUGAGACCUGGUACUCAGAUGCCAACUCCGUCAACAGACAUCUAGGACCUCUUGCGGUCUAUAAAGUCCUACGUCACUGCAUGCACCAUUACCAGGACAAGACAGUAAUACCGAGCAAACACGACUCGUCGACCAGUUCACCCAAAAGGGGACACAAACGCAACUAACCCCAAUUGAGGUGACGGCACACGACACAGGAGGCCACCAGCAAUCACAAACGAUGGUCAGACGGCCAAGGCAGCGAAAGAAGGAAAAAAAUCGAUCAGAACAAGGCCAACUAAUUCGGCUGUCUCUUCAGAAUCCUGAUCGAAUUUCGCACUAAACGCUUUGAUAAUGGAGAGCCGGCCAAGUUUACAAUACGGCUCAAAUCCACUGCUAAAUUUUAUGAACCACCUAUGGUCUUCUCUUAAAAGCGUGUAGAAAUGUAUGAUUUUGCGUACACGGAAAGUAUACAGAUUGUAAUUCGGAAACCUUGAAGGCAAAUGUAACGACAGGUCGGGUUCACAAUUUUUCAGGAAUUGGAAAAGUUUUUUAAAACCAAAUUAUACCCUUUUCUUCAAGUACAAAAUUUGAAGAGCUCCUUGUGACCGUUUUGUCUUGGUUAUGACGUAUGCAAUGACAUAGGACUGUAUAGGUCGCAGAAAAGGCCUGGAUGCCUGUUGACGGAGUUGGCAUCUGAGUACCAAGCCUUAAGUGUUAGAAGUUCUGUCCUUUAGAUGACCUGGCCUAAGAAGGUUGCUCCUUGAAAGUCAAAACUGUGGCCAGUUUCUCCGAUGUGAGUCGCAAGCUGUGAGUCCGGGUCUAGUCUCCAGGUUGCCAGUUUGUGCUCAUGUAAGCGGGUCUGCAGUUUCCGCCCGGUUUCCCCAACGUAGUUACGGUCUCCAUCGCUACAACGUAUUUGGUAGACAACUGCUGAUCUUUCCGUGGGUUGAUUUUUGCACUAAACGCUUAUAUAAUGGAGAGCCAGCCUAGCUCUCCGAAACGUCAGCAAUACAAUGCCCUUGGUCCGGUGAGCACUUCGUUCUUCUCAGACGUUUCAGUUUAUUAUAGUGAGGAAUGCGUUGGUUUGUACAUGGUGCCAUGACACCACUGCCGACUGAAGACUUCUUGACAUUGGCGGGGAUGCCGUCUGCUGCUGACACCUUAUUGUUUCACGGUAUCAGCAUUGCCAUCAUGAUGCCUACUCGUGAAGGAAGGCCAGACUAUACUGCAUAGACCGAUGAAGAAGAUAUCUCCACCUCGGAGAGGAGCGGAAGACGGGUUGGGUUAGUCAGCGAAGUUAAGAAAACACACGAACUGCGCAUGCUAGCGCUCAGCCUUCCGAAUUGUCAGCACUAUAUCCACCUUGUACACCGUGAAUAGUCAAUAAUUACCGAGGACUCACCAAAAACCUGGUCAGUAAGUUGGUAGUAUUUUCUACUGUCACUGAUGUUUGCACCUGUUCCCCCUCAGUCUGAUAGAUUUUGCGGUCAUAUCUGGCAGACUUGGCCGUCACUUUCCGCUGUUGGCGGAAGGAAUAAUCGUUACACGGUCUAGCUCGAGCCGUCUGGACAGACAACUGCGGCACCGCUACGCGAAUUCCAACACUUUCUCAGCUGUCUUGUCGACUGAUGACGUCGAGGGUGACCAUUUGCUCCUGCGCUCCUCCCCGAUCCGGGUAUUACAGAUCAAGAUAUUAGUGCGGAUGGAAGACGAGCUUUCGGACGCAUGCGAACGAAAGCGCAGUCUGACCCACAGAGGUAGCCUGUUUGGGUACCAUGCAUCGAUCUGCUGCUGUAAAAGUAGUUAUGAAACCUUGGACUGACCAUAAUUUACUCAGUCCGACUGACCGUACGAUCAUCGUUCGACUGCCAGAUCGACAGAUGCUUGUUCUUGACCGGUCCUGCAUUCACCUCAAUUGUCUUAUUGACAGCCAAAUCCAAGGCGGCCAAUAAAGUAGCUGAAGAGUCGUUCCAGUCCCCGAAAACAAUGAGCGAAUUUCAACAAUUGCGUGUAUGUGCGUGUAUUUUCCUUGCUGGUCGGCAGCUAAUGUUAAUGUGCCUAUAAGUGAUUCGUCGGUCAUGCGUAAGCCAAUCGGUCAUUGACUGAUUCCCACGAAAGUUUUGCAUGGCUUGCUUGUUACUAAGGCGAUCGUUACACUGUCCAUCAAAAGAGUCACAUGAUCGCGUGUGGAAGAGCGGGAGUUGACCCGCGGGACCUGGGCGCCUGAGUAGUGACUCCGAAAUUCAGACAGACUGUGAUCCGCGUUGCACUUAUGCAGACUGCGAGCCAUCAGACGUUUUGUGCCUGAGCCCUGGAACGUUCGAACACCCCACCAUCCAAUGCCAAGAGUCUGUUAUCUGUUGAGUAGUCCAGCCCGCUUAUUAUUCGUCCAAACCACUGACCCAGGGUUGCAGAGCUCACUGGUUCCCGCGGACGCCGUAGAAUGGAUCCCAUUAUGUAAUUCGGACAUUUUCAUUCAGUCGGUGUAUUUGAGGAAAAUAGGCUUACGCCUUUGAACUCCCUAUUUGUACAUAAAAAAUCGAUAAAAUAAGCAAAAUUGUGAAGAAAAGCAUUAAGUGAAUGCAUACAUUGAUUCACAUAUGUCACUGGUCUCAUGGCUAAAAGUCACAUAGUCCGCUUGUUGCUGCAGCAUAUGUCUGUCAAGCCGACAUUUUAAUAUCGCCACAGAUUGAGACAUCGCAACCGUCUCGGGCAGGUUAGUCCACGGUUCCACGACACGGUUGGAGAAGAAAUAUUUUCUCACAUUCAAUCUACCCUGGGGCACACGUAGCUUGAAGAGAUGUCCGCGGAGGUUAAUUGUAGUGGCGAGUUGGAAAAGGUCGUCGCACCGAAGGGCGCAGUCCAAGCCGCGCACGAUACGGAAAGUUUGUAUCAAGUCUCCGCGCAACUGCCUAUAACUCAGAGGAUAGAAAUUAAGGUUAGUUAAGCGGAUCUCGUAUGGCAGUGCACUUUGACCUCUUAUUAAUUUUGUUGCUCGCCUCUGCAUCCUUUGAGCAGAUUGUAAUCCUGAUGCGUCCAUGGUCUCCAGGCCUGAAUUGCAUAUUGGAGAUGCGGCCUUACAAACGUGCCGAAGACUUUGGAGAAGCAGUCUUCAUCGAAAACUGCGAAUGCCCGCUUGAUGGCAUAUAGCAUUGAAGUUGCGGUCUUGGCCGCCUUACAACAUUGUGUAGACGUCUUUAGGCUAUCUGCAACCCAGACUUCAAAAUCUUUCUGCGUUUCUGCUUCUCGGAGUAGCAUUCCGUUCAAAUGGUAUUGCCGCGUACUAGGGGUCUGAUAUCCGAGGCGCAGUAUAAUACAUUUGCUCAAAUUUUCGCGAGGUUCUUUGAGAAUUAAAGGUACAUGCCACUCAAAUUGCUUGUGUGGGAUUGCCUGCGUAUUUUUCGAUUCGGCUUCGCCAGUGCUUGUCACAAAUUGACUCGGUGGGUAGCCACAGGCUAGUCCAAACUGUCCACUCGUUUUCGCGUUACUUGAGAAGCAUGCAACAAACUCUAAGACAUGAAGAAGACUAUGAGAUUGCUUUCUGAGAGGGCCCCUAGCAUGUUUCCUAGGUCCAAGAUCCGGUGUGCACCGAAUGCCUACCCAUGCUGCGGGUUCAAACCCCGGUGCACCGGCAUUUGGGGGCUGGUCGGCUGACGAAGGCCAGUAACCGAGAAAUGACCACUCAAAUGUCCCUGUGUUUACCUCUAACACUUCUCGAGUGUUGACUGCCAGUCGCUAUGAGAGUGCUCCCGUGGGCUGUAGAUCUUGAAUUCCAUCACACAGUGAAAUCAUCCGAUUCUCACCUCCCCCUGUGACUGGGAUUAGUAGUGCACUGAAUUAGAAUGAUUAUUCCUCUUGACGGAUGCCAUCUAGGUGCCCCGUGAUGGCCUCCGACUUUCCUUUUAUCGACCGACCUAUUGACAUAUUUCUGGCACUUUUCUACAGAGUGCUGCAUUCUCCGAUCGGUAUGUGGGCUCCGCCCUUCUAAUGCCUCGCAGUCUGAACAUGGUCGGCAACCUGCUCUAUACGUACUACUUGCAUGGCAUCGAGGAACUCCAGUCGGAUGUUCUCCCCUCCGGUCCUGCAGGCGAUUCUGCAGCAGCAGCAGCAGCACAAGCACCUACGCUGGCGAAUGAGGAGGAGCAGAUCCCGAAAAAGCUUAUUUUCAAUCUCCAGAGCUGCCCUCAACCGUUGGCGGAGUGCCUUACCCGCAAAACCCGUAUUUCUGUCACCAUUCGCUAUGUGCCAAAUACGCGAAAGGUGGACUUGCGUCGGUUCUUUGGACAGUCUAUACUCUCCUCCGUUCGGUGA